AUGAGUGCCCGGUACCCGAGCUCGAGCUGGUUGUUGUGGGUCUCCACGUGCCUGCUGAGCCUGGGUGUUUUGACCCGGGCUCUGGAGCUCCAGGGGCUGUUUGAGUUCGGAGAAGAAGCCGGAGACCUGCAGCUGCUGCCCGGCUCGGACUCCACCGCCGAGCUGCCUCUCAACGGCUCUCUGUUUUUCUUCGGCGACACCUUCGACAAAGUUUACAUAAACACAAAUGGAUUUGUGUCCGUGGUGGAGCCUCCGUCCGAGGAGCAGUACCUCGGGAAGAUGCCCGCCAGUUUCAAGAUGAUCGCCGCCCUGCUGGGCGACCUGGACGACAGCGACGGACGGGGGAAGGUCCACUUCAGGUGGGACAGCAGCCCCGGGGCGCGGAAUCGAACCGCCGAACACGUCAGGCGAGCGUUCCCCAGAGACGACGUGGAGCAGCCCGCCGGCGUACUCGUCGUCACCUGGGAGAACGUGGCCGCCCGGGGGACGCCCGGACGAGGAGACGGACCGGACACUAAGAGAAACACUUUCCAGCUGGUUGUGGCCUCCAUGGAGUUGUCGUCCUUUGCCAUCCUCCUGUACCCCCGAGACCGACUGCAGUUCCUCUCCACGCCAGUCGGGGGCGAGAGUAAGCUCCUCGAGGCUGGCUUCAACGAAGGCCUUGUGGUGGGCUGGUGGUGGAGUGAAAAACAGGGGACCUACUUCCGCACCACCACCGACGAAGAGACUUCCAUCAGGGAGCUCACUGAAAAGACGAACUCAGGACAGAAUGGAGUUUGGGUGUACGAGAUCGGCUCCUCGCCGUUCUUUGUCGCCAUUACGCCUGGGAUGGGCGCCACCCUUCCUGAGGAAGAUGCCACCGAGCCGCCCGUCACCGUGUCGCCGAGCCGAACCGAGAAAGCUCAGGUGGUGCCGGAAGAAAACGAAGAGUCCCCAACGGACGAGACUCCCAACGAGUACAGACCCGUCACGGCAGAGUACGUCGAACCAGAGACCGAGGAACCGGAUUACGCAGAAUACCCCGAAACGGAGACGCCAACGUACAGCGAACCCGAGAGGGCUGAUCCAAGGUCCCCGGAGCCAUCUGGGCCGAGACACCCUGACCGAUCUGAGACCGGUUCCCCCCGCUUUGAGCCUUUGCAACCAACCGUCCCUGAAACCACCGAGCCGAGAGACCCUACGUCUGAGCCGAGGUACCCUGAGCGAACCGAGAGCGGGUUCCCCGUCUCUGAGCGAACCGAGAGUGGGUACCCCGUGUCUGAGGGAACCGAGAGCGGGUACCCCGUCUCUGAGCCUUUGCAACCGACAUAUACCGUCCCUGAAAGCACUGAGCCGAGAGACCCUACAUCUGAGCCAAGGUACCCUGAGCGAACCGAGAGCAGGUACGCCGUCUCUGAGCGAACCGAGAGUGGGUACCCCGUCUCUGAGGGAACCGAGAGCGGGUACCCCGUCUCUGAGCCUUUGCAACCGAGGUACACCUACCCUGAAAACGUUGAGUCGAGAUACUCUCCAGUCCAACCGAGAUACCCUGAACCAGUCGAACCAGUGCCUCCACGUUCCCGCUCCCAGCAACCCCAGAUCGUCGUCAUAGAUGAAGAUGAAAAUCUGGAUGUGAACGUAUUCGCGUACAAUUCGGAAACGUGCGUCCUGAACAGGCACAAGUGCUCAGCUUUCGCUGACUGCCGGGAUUACAGCAACGGGUACUGCUGCCAAUGUAGGCCUGGAUUCUACGGUAACGGGAAGGACUGUGUCGCCGAAGGAAAACCACAGAGAAUGAACGGAAAGGUGAACGGUCGAGUGUUUGUGGGGAACUCGCCUUCGCCCGUGGAGAUCAGUAACAACGACUUGCACUCGUACGUGGUAGCCAAUGACGGACGGGCCUACGUGGCCAUCAGCAACAUCCCCGACAGCCUGGGACCCUCCCUGCAGCCGCUGUCCUCCCUCGGGGGAGUCAUCGGCUGGGCCUUCGCCCUGGAGCAGCCCGGCUACCAGAACGGCUUCAGUCUCAUCGGCGGCGUGUUCUCGCGGCAGGCCGAGGUGAUCUUCCAGCCCGGUAACGAGCGUCUGAGCAUCAAGCAGCAGUUCACGGGAAUCGACGAACACGACCACCUGGGGGUGACCACCGAGCUGGAGGGGCGCGUGCCUGCCGUCCCGCUGGGAUCCUCCGUCCAGAUCAGCCCCUACAAAGAGAUCUACCAGUACGACACGAACCUCAUCACUUCCUCCUCCAACCGUGACUACACCGUCACCCCCCGCGGCGGCGGCGGCGCACAGACCCGGAGCUACCAAUGGCGCCAGACCAUCAGCUUCCAGAGCUGCCCCCACGCCGAGGCGGCCGCGCCCGCCACCCAGCAGCUCACCGUGGACCAGAUCUUCGUGAUGUUCGACGCGGACAACCAUCUGAUCCGCUACGCCAUGAGCAACAAGAUCGGCUCGGUCCACGGUGGUCUUCCGGAGCAGAACCCAUGUUUCACCGGCAGACACGGCUGCGACAUCAACGCCGCGUGCCGGCCCGGCGACGGCCUCCACUUCACCUGCCAGUGUUCGGCCGGAUUCACCGGAGAUGGACGCUAUUGCCACGAUAUGGACGAGUGCAGGGAGACUCCUCAGGUCUGUGGACCCAACGCUGUCUGCAGUAAUCAGCCCGGAACUUUCCGCUGUGAGUGUUUGAGCGGCUUCGUGUUCGCCAGCGAUGGAAGGACCUGCAUCGAGGAGACCCGCCCGGUGGACCACUGUCAGAGGGGAAGCCACGACUGCGACGCCGCCGACCGGGCGCUCUGCAGCUACACCGGGGGCUCGGCGUUCGUCUGCUCAUGCCUGACGGGGUUCGUGGGCGACGGCCGGGUGUGUCGGGAACAGAUCGUGCAGGUGGAAUGGAGCGGAAAGGGGGCGGGACCAAGGGACGUGGACCGGCAGCUGAUUGGACGAUCGCCUCACGUGGGUCUGGCCUCUCCCGGAUUUCACAACAGAGCUGUCCAGCAGGAUCGCUGCCACCACGACGCCUUCUGCUCCAACACGCAGGGCUCCUACAACUGCCAGUGCCGCCCUGGUUUCCACGGCGACGGCUUCCAGUGCCGCCCGGCGUCGUCAGAGCGCGAGAAGACGGCGUGCGAGCGCCACAGAGAGAGCGCCCAGACCGCCACCUCCGGCUCCGGCAUCUUCUCCUUCUUCCGUCCGCGGCCGGCCGUCGGCCAGUACGUCCCGCAGUGCGACCCCCACGGAGCCUACGAGCCCACGCAGUGCCACGCCGCCAUCGGGCAGUGCUGGUGCGUGGACGGCGGCGGACAGGAAGUCCCCAACACCCGCACGGGGCCCGGCAGCACCCCUCUGUGUAUCGACCAGGCGGUGACGCCGGCUCCAGUGGGUCCGACCCCGCGGCCCGACGUCCACCCCGUCGCCGCGGGAACGCACCUGCUGUUCGCUCAGAGCGGGAAGAUCGAGCAGGUCCCUCUGGACGGGUACACCAUCAGGAAGGAGGAGGCCAAACCUCUGCUGCACAUCCCCGACCGGGUGGUGAUCGCCGUGGCCUACGACUGCGUGGAGAAGAUGGUCUACUGGACCGACAUCACGGGGCCGGCCAUCAGCAGAGCCAGUCUGAGUGGAGGGGACAUUAUCCCCGUCAUCACUACAGAGCUGCUGAGUCCUGAAGGCAUCGCCAUCGACCACGUGGCGCGCCUCCUCUUCUGGACCGACUCCAUACGCGACACUGUGGAGGUUUCCAAACUGGACGGCAGCCAGCGGCGAGUACUGUUUGACACGGACCUCAUCAACCCUCGGCCCAUCGUCACCAACCCGGCCUACGGGCGGCUGUACUGGGCCGACUGGAACCGAGACGGCCCCAAGAUUGAGAUGUCCAACAUGGACGGGACGGACCGGACCGUGCUGGUGAAAGACGACCUGGGGCUCCCCAACGGCCUGACCUUUGACCUGGAAGACCAGCAGCUGUGCUGGGCCGACGCAGGAACUCGUAAGGUGGAGUGUAUGGAUCCUCACCGCAGGCUGAGGAGGCAGAUCGUCGAAGGGAUCCAGUAUCCGUUCGCUCUCGUCUCCUUUGGAAGGAAGCUCUAUUACACCGACUGGAGGAGGGAGGCGGUGGUCUCUGUGGACCGCCACUCGGAGGAGGAGACGGAGGAGUUUCUGCCGCAGAAGCGCUCUCGGCCGUACGGCAUCACCACGGCGUCCACGAAGUGUCCACAAGUUUACAACUACUGCUCUGACAACGGCGGCUGCUCCCACCUGUGUCUGCCACUGUAUCUGAAGCUCGGUGGUUACUCCUUAGUGCUGCCCGGCCGGCGCUGCGCCGAAGUCGCUUUUAUAUGGAGACGAGCCCGUGACACCGCUGCUGCCCCCCCCCAACCCCACCCCCACCCCCACCUGGGGAACCACAAACUAAAACACACUUAA